AUCACAUCAUCAUCAUAAUCAUUUUAAUUAUCUCAAUUUGAUUCUUGUGAGAGUUACAUAUAUAUUUUUUCUGUAGUUGUUGAUAGGUAUAUAGGCAAGGGAUUUUGAUUCAUAUAUAGCUGAAAUUGGACUGGAAAUUACCAUGACCAUUGUACCUUCCCCAUUGAUUUCUGUACACCCUCAGGACCUCAAGUUCCAAUUCGAGCUGGAGAAACCGAGCUAUUGUGAUAUUAAAGUUACGAAUGACUCAGAGCAUCACGUUGCUUUCAAGGUAAAAACUACCUCGCCAAAGAAGUAUUUCGUUCGACCAAAUACGGGCGUCAUGCAUCCAUUGGAUUCUUGUGUAAUAAGAGUUACCUUACAAGCUCAAAGAGAAUACCCUCCUAACAUGCAAUGCAAAGACAAAUUUCUCCUGCAAAGCACGGUUGUACCUCCAGGUACUAACACGGACGAGCUUCCACAAGACACUUUCAACAAGGAAGGUGGUAACGCAUUGGAAGAGUACAAGCUAAGAGUGGUGUACAUGAUUAAUCCUCAUUCAGCCUAUGCCAAUAUUGGAGAUGGUUUUAACCAAAAUCUUGACAUGGACUUGCAACACCUGAAGGACGAAAGAGAUGCUGCUGUAACGCAAACACAAAGGCUACAACGUGACCUGGAAGUUCUUAAGAGGCAGAGCCAUAAAACGAUUGCUGGGUUCUCCAUCAAAUUCACACUUCUUGUGGGACUCAUCGGAAUCACAGUGGGUUUCCUUAUGAACAUAUUGUUUUCUACAGAUUCUUCUAAAUAAGAUGAUAUAAACAAUUAUAAAUCAACAACUUUGUUAUAAUGUUUAGG